AUGGUCCCUCUACUCAGUCCUUGCGUGUUGUCACCCCCCCCAAGGAGGAAGAUGAAGGCUCGAGCCCCGCCGCCUCCUGGAAAGCCCGCCUCCCCGGACGUGCAUGGUGGAUGGAAACCUCCCCACGACGUGUCCCCCGGGCCUCAGCGGAAGGUGCUCAACAUGCGGGAGGACCUGGGGCGCAGGGUGGUGGACAUCACCGUGGUUCUGCCCAGCGGGCUGGAGAAGGAAACUGUGGUCAAUGGGAGCCAUGCAAUGAUGGAUUUACUGGUUGAGCUCUGCCUUCAGAACCAUCUGAACCCAUCCACCCAUGCCCUGGAGAUCCGCUCUUCGGAAAACCAGCAGCCUUUGAGUUUUAAGCCAAAUACUUUAGUUGGGACCCUGAAUGUGCACACUGUGUUUCUGAAAGAAAAAGUUCCCGAAGCAAAGGUGAAGGCUGGCCCACCUAAGGUGCCCGAGGUCAGUAGCACCGGGGACCCUUUGUCACCUAAGGGCGCGUGCGGUUACCUGAGGUCGGUGGAGGCGGUGGUGCGCGUGAGCCCCGAGGUGCCGCUGGCCGCCAUCCUGCCGCUCAUCUGCGCCAAGUGCGGCGUCAGCCCGGAGCACGUGGUGCUCCUCCGGGACGACGUGACCGGCGACGAGCUGGAGCUCUCCAAGUCCCUGAGCGAGCUGGGGAUAAAGGAGCUGUACGCGUGGGACAACAAGAGAGAAACCUUUAGAAAAUCAUCCUUUGGCAGCGAUGAGACAGAUAAAGAGAAGAAAAAAAUUCUGGGAUUUUUCAAAGUUAAUAAAAGAAGCAGCAGUAAGGCCCCGCAGAUCGGGCAGUCGGGGGCGGACAGCGAUGAGGAGGCCAAGACCACACUGAGAAGGGGCUCCAACGGCUGCUUGACGACCCCGAACUGCCCGUCCGUGAAUUCCCGCUCCACCACGCUGGGUCCAUCCCUCUCUCUCAGCAGCAUCUCCGGGGUGUCCGUGAAGUCGGACCUGAAGAAGCGCCGAGCCCCUCCCCCUCCGUCCGGGCCCCGGGCGGGGCCCCCCGUGCAGGACAAGGCGUCGGAGAAGGUGUCUCUGGGGUCCCAGGCUGACUUUCAGAAGAAGAAGAGGCGGGCGCCGGCCCCCCCUCCACCGCAGCCCCCACCGCCCAGCCCGCUGGUGCCCGCGCGCACGGAGGACAGGGAGGAGGGCCGGAAGGGCAGGACGGGUGUCGGCCGGCAGGUGCCACAGAAGCCCCCCAGAGGCGCUGCCCGGGGCCCCCCCCAGUUAGAGCUCCCCCCGCCCCCGCCCUACCCUCCUCCUGCCGCCGAGGCCGGGCUGCCGGGAUGCUCCGGGACAGGCGCUGCAUCCUUGGCCUCCGACCCGAGACCCACACUGAGCCUGCCCCUGGGGCCCGGCAGCCCCUGCAGCGUGGACGGGGUCCCGCCUGUGCCCCCCGAGGCCGAGGAGACAGUGUCUGUGGGCAGCUGUUUUGCAUCUGAGGACACGACCGAGGACUCAGGAGUGAUGAGUUCCCCCUCGGACGGCAUCUCCCUGGAUUCCCAACAUGACAGCACGAAGUCCAGAGACAAGUGGACCACAGACCAGGAGGACUGCAGUGACCAGGACCUGGCCGGAACCCCAGAACUGGGGCCCCCAAAGAGCCCCUCGUGGGAGAGGAGCAGCUCUGGGGGCUGGCCCCCGAGGAGUGAGACAGCCGCCUCCCGUGAGCACGAAGACCUGCGUGUGAGCAGGUGGCCCCAGGACACGCUGGCCGAGCCCGAGGAAGAGCUGGAAGAAACGGAAGAUGGGAGCGUGCUCUCCAACUCCGCGCACGGCUGCCCGCGGGACGCCGCCAUCCUCGACGGCGAUGAGGAGCCAAUUCCGGUCACGUUCAUCGGGGAGGUGUUAGACGACCCCGUGGACGCGGGGCUGUUCUCCAACAGGAACAACAAUGCCGGCUCUUCUGAUACGGGGAGCACGCACAGCACGAAGGCCCCCCUGCCGCCGUGCCAGGCUGCGCCCGGCCAGCAGCCCGGGACGGGGAGGGCGGCCACCCCCGACCCCCCGUCUCCAUCCGAGGAUGCUGGGAAAGAAACCAAGCCAGCCGCGUCCAGCACCUGGAAGGAUGUGAAUCCGAACAAAACGGAGCCCCAGACGACCUCGGCCCCAGCGCUGCACACACUGCCCUGGAUGCAAAGGAGGGCGAGGUACGUGGUUCUGCUCCCAGAGGGACGCCACCCGCCACCAUCAGGGAGAGAAGGCGAUGCCAACAGUGAUGUCUCAACCCCACCGUCCUGGUACCAACGAGGCCAGCACCCCGGGGGGAGUUAUGGCCUUAAAUAUGGCCUCACAACAUAUAAAAUUGUCCCCCCGAAGUCAGAGAUGAGGUGUUAUGACAGAGGAGCAUCCCUCUCGACGGGGGCCAUCAAGAUUGACGAGCUGGGGAACUUGGUGAGCCCCCAGGCGCCCGCGGGCCGGACCAUAGUCCCGGGGGCACCCACUCUUGAAGCGGAACCCCAACCCAUUGGAAAAGUCAAAGAAUUCUGGAGGUCCAACUCUACAGAGGAACCCUUGGGCCAGCCCGCAGGGGGCUCAGCCAAGAGGACCCCCACCCCCUCCACGCCAGCAAAACCACAACCGCAAGAGGGCAGACCCCGAGCAGAGCCCACGUCCCCAGACCCCAAGGGGACGGUGCCCCCGCUGCACCCAGAAGAUGGGGGAGCCCUGGAGGAGCAGAGAAGCGGGCCACCCACGGCAGCCCCUCGUCCUGAGAAAGUCACCACCACUAACACCGCGGAAGUCCGUUUUCUCAAACCCCAGAGAAGGACGUCCAGUCAGUACAUGGCCUCUGCCAUUGCUAAGCGCAUAGGGACCCAGAAAGUCCACCUGGAGACGCGCGUCGGAAACGAUGGGGAAGGGUCGGCAGUGGGGGCCCAUCCCGGGGCGCACGCCGGCAGCCCUUACGGAAGGUCCUCUACUCAAGACUGUCCGGCUGGCGUCCUCAGAAGUUCCCAUGUCCCGCUAGUCACAGCUUCCCCGAGGGAUCAGGGUCCCCCGGGACGGAGCUGUGGUCUCAGUCAAAGACAAAGCUCAAGGAACCAGAGGACCCGCUCGGCAUCUGACCCCAGGUGCACGCCGGACACCACGAGUCCCCCGCCCCCUUGCUCAGGAGAUGACCAGACUCCAGGCCCGGCCCUGGUGAAUGGCUCCAGGUGGGUCCCGGUCCCUGGCGAGCCGCCUCACUCCCCGAGGGAGACCGGCACGAACGGCCAUGCCGGACGGGAGUCCCUGGGGCGGGAGGAGAAGCCCCAUUUGUUAAGCACGGAUGCACUUGAAGCCGAUGGCACGCAGCCAGCCAGCAUCUUUGGGCCCAAGAAGAGAUUCAGACCCGUCGUCCAGAGGCCAGCCCCGAAGGACACGUCCCUGCACAGCGCCCUGAUGGAGGCCAUCCAUUCGGCAGGAGGGAAGGACAGGCUUCGCAAGGUUGCAGAACACAGCCCGCAGCAGGGGCCAAAGACCCCGUCCCACGCGGAGGCGGACAGCGAGCGCUCGGCCCUGCUGGCGGCCAUCCGAGGACACAGAGGCGCCUGCGGCCUGCGGAAGGUGUCCUCCUCCGCCUCCGAGGAGCUCCAGAGCUUCCGUGAUGCCGUGCUGUCCGCACACGGGUCGGGACCCCCGGGGCCCGAAGACCUCGGGGUCCAGUUCCCGGCCGCCCCGCCGCCGCCGCCGCCGCCCCCUCCGGCCACCCAGACCCCCAUCACAUCCCGGACGGCGUCCAGGGCCAGCUCGGGCCCCCCGAGCAGCCCCGGGGAUGCCAGGCAGGCCCUGCUGGCCGCCAUCCGCUCCGGCACCGGGGCCGCGAGGCUGAGAAAGGUGCCCCUGCUCGUGUGAACCAGCGAGAAGGCGACGUGGCGGCAGACACCCGCCCAUGGGACGCCGGGUCACCACCCAGGAGCCCCGCGGGGCGAGGGGCCUCGGGACCGGCCUGCCCCGUCUCCAGGCCAAAACCUGCCUCACUGAUUUUCAGUCCCCCAUCACCGGGGGAGGGGGACAGAGAAUGUGACUGCCACGCGGCUUGUGCCAAGGAAAUAUAUUUUUGCCUCUGAAUCUUGAAAGUUGCCAAGAAACAAUUCUUGUUGGCCGGUGAAUGGGACCCCAACACUGUACGUAGUUCCUCUGAUGGACAAAGCAGAGGGGACCAUUCACGCCUUAGAUCGAUUUUGGACCUUUGAGACUUUUACACGUACAGAUGAUCACAACCCUUUAGUCGCUUAAAAUCUUUUGAAUUCUAGGGGAAAAAAAAAAUCAAUGAAUCGAUCGCAACAAUCUGAAUGUAAUUGGCUACGUGUGAGAAAAAAAAAUGGGAGGAUACUUUCCAAGGUGACUUUAAGGAGUUAAUGGAAUUAUUGGUUUUUCUUCCUCAAAUAUUUGGGGUCACGGCUUCAUGGAAGGUUGCAGACCAUGAUCUGACCAGCUAAGCUAUUAAAAGUCACCUGUGGUCACUUGGAGGAGGAGUCACGUGUGACGCACGAGCAGGGCAGCGCUGAGCUCUGCGGCAGGGGUGGUGGCAGGGGAUCAGCAUGGCGUUGCAGUGGCCGGCCGGCGCCCCCCUUGGACAGCUGUUCCCCGCGGGCUGUGAGGUCCAGCACGCCUGCCCCCGAGGUGGCUGUGCACGGAGCCCGGGGGCUCCCCGAAGACGCUUAGGAACCCAAUGCAGGGCCAGGAGCGGGGGACGUUGGGUGUCCGCCUGUCGCCCGGAUCAGAUCAAAAUCGUGUUCACAUUUGACAGUGCGGGUUCAGUCCCCAUCAUUUACAACCGAAGUUAACCAGGGUCAUGGCUUUUCACGUUUUAUUAUAUUGGAAAGAAGCUCAUUAAGAGAUUAUCAGAAAUUAGGAGAAAGUAAGAAAUCAAGUUUCUGUCUUAAAUGAAGCAACGAAUAUGGUGAGGUCAUUUUUGAAUGUAUGACAAGGAGAGUGGAAACUUGGCCCCGCGUGGUCCGAGGAACGCCCCACACCCUCCCCGGGGUGGCCAGGGCAUCCAGCCAGUCGCUCUCAAACCGCACUGUCUCUGCUGUUUGUCUCUUCGUGCCACAAAUAAAAGAAGGUGACACUGUA